CUCAGCUGUAAGACGCACGAGCUACCCUCCGGAGGAGCGCGGGGAACAUUUCACAAAAUAAUAAGGAUUAAUUGUUUUGGUCUCAAUAGAAAGUCAUUGAUUGAUUUUUGGGUGGAUAAUCUCCACAAAGACAGGUUGUCUGAUCAUCCCGAGUCCUCUCCUUCACAAUGAGUUGGGGGGUGCUGUACGCCCAGCUGGGCGGCGUCAACAAACACUCCACCAGUCUGGGAAAGAUUUGGCUCUCCGUCCUUUUCAUCUUCCGCAUCACGAUCCUGGUUCUGGCUGCUGAGAGCGUCUGGGGGGACGAGCAGUCGGACUUCACCUGCAACACGCAGCAGCCCGGCUGCAAAAACGUCUGCUACGACCACUUCUUCCCCGUGUCUCACAUCCGCCUCUGGUGCCUGCAGCUCAUCUUUGUGUCCACCCCUGCCCUGCUGGUGGCCAUGCAUGUGGCCUACAGGAAGCGUGGGGACAAGAGGACCAUGCUGUCCUCCAACGGCACCGAUAAGUUGACGGAUAUGGACCUGGAGACGCUGAAGAGGAGGCGGCUGCCCAUCACAGGCCCUCUGUGGUGGACCUACACCUGCAGCCUGUUCUUCCGCCUCAUCUUCGAGGGCGGCUUCAUGUACGCGCUGUACUUCGUCUACGGCGGCUUCCAGAUGCCCCGGCUGGUGAAGUGUGAGCAGUGGCCGUGUCCCAACAAGGUGGACUGCUUCAUCUCCAGGCCCACGGAGAAGACCGUCUUCACCAUCUUCAUGGUGUCCUCGUCGGCCAUCUGCAUGGUGCUGAACGUGGCCGAGCUGAGCUACCUCAUCGCCAAGGCGCUGAUGAGGUGCUCCGCCAGGGGCAAAAAGAGGAGACUGGCGUACACGGACAACAUGAUGCGGGAUAAUGCCAAUGUGCAGAACAAGAAGAACGAGAUGCUGUUGUCCUCCAGCACAGAUUCCACCAGCAACAAGAUGUGUUGAAGGACGAUGGCGGUGUUAGAGAAGAACAGAAGCAUAAACUGUAAAUCCAAACAUCUGUAAUGGUCACGGUCUGUGUCCACAGUUUGGUAUUGAGGCUCUAAAGAUGAGCAUCCAGAAGGUGUAACAGCUUGUGAAGCAGAUUUGAGGACGGGAAAUACCAGAACAGAGAUUAUUUUAGGUAGACAGCAGCGUAUGUAGCCGACCUCCAACCCCCAUGUGUCGGGAAGUCACUGUAUCAUGUGCAUAUUUCCUACAUUGUCCUACAUAUUGGCUCUAAUGUGCCACUAAAGGCAGUCUUCCCUGAUGAACAAAAGAUAUAAAUGAAUGGAUCAUGUAACAGUGUCAUUUUAAAUCUGGUAGGAUACCAGUGAGUGUUACUUAAAGAGCCACUUCACCGACUAAAUUAUCAUUUGUAAUCAACUACUCACCCUUUGUUACCUUCAAUUCUUGAAGAACUACAGUAAACCUGGAUUUAAAGAACUAAGGAAAAUGUGCAUCAAUGGAAGUAAAUGGGGGUUUAGUCAACAUUGGCAAUCUGUCUCAGACAUCCGUUUACAAACUCUGAUACAACCCAUGCAUUAUGAACCACGUCUCAUUCAUCCGUUUGUGUGUGUAUUACGUCUAAAACAUGCUUUUUUAAUAAAAUCAAAACACUUUAAAAUACAAGAAGUGAGCCGACGCGAGCUAGACAAUUUCUGCAACAGUGUUUUAAAUAGUAAUGUUUAACCAAAAAAUGCAUGUUUUUGAGACUUGGAUUAUACUUCAUGCGUUGUAUGAGAGAUUUUGACUGAAGGUUUGAUAUAGUUUUUCAAUGCAGCACCCAUUUACUUCCAUUCAUCCAGAUUUUUCCAGCGUUUGUUGACUGUAAAAGCAUGCAAGAAAAAUCCCAUUUUCUUCAAGAUUUGAAGGUUACACAGGGAGAUUAAUUGAUGUACAAAUGACCGUUUUGUGGGUGAAGUGUUCCUUUUUUAAAGAGCCUGUUUCAGGUAGUAUUUUCAUAAAAAAUAUUGGAUAUGCGGAUCAUCCACAUUAUCACAAGUGUCACCUUACUUUUCACGCAGUGGAUGAUUGAUAGAGUUGUAUGGAAGGUUUUUAAUUUAUUGUUAACAGUUUGAAGUUGCUUUAAUGUUUUGAAGCAGAGAAGAUUGGGUCGACACUGACAUCUAGUGGUUCUGAGAGAAACCCCUGAGAGCACAAACACUGUCCUUAAAGCCUGAAGGAUGUUGAACAAGAGGAAGGAGAACCAAUGAAGUCAUGAAAAGUGAAGCAAAAAGUGCCUUUGAGAUUAAAUUUUUAGUGUCUAGUUUACAAGAGCUGACCUUAUAUUUGACAUGUGUUUACAGUAAUUGAUGAAAGCAGUUUGUAUUGAAUCAAGUGACUGCAGCUUGCAGUUUGAAAAUUCAUAGUUGAAUAACUUUUUAGAGUUUUUGUGUUUUAUAAUUACAGAUAAGUGUGUUGCACAGGUUAAGAUUAUGCUGACUUCAAUAUAACACGAUGACAUUUUACACCACGGUACAGAUUUAAUGCUGUUCAAUCAGAAUGUCUUUUGUCUUUUACUUGAACUGAAAGUGUUUGAAGUGUGUCGUCACAUGAGUUAAAUAACUUAAACACACUGAAAAUGUGUUGCCUAUUUUCACAAAUGCACGCCAUGUGAUAACAUAUAUUUUUUUUAAAUAAGUUUGGACUCUUAAAGAUGCUGUUAUUCUUGAGUCACAAAGUGCAGUUACUAUAUUGCAUAAUUCAUGCAAAUCUGGAUAUCGAAGUCUUAAAAGAAGUGGCAACAAUACUCAAAUGAUACAUUUAGAAAUACUAAAUGGUGUUAAAACAAAGUAAAUCUUGCUUUGAGUCUCAAGAUGCUUAAUGUUCAUGAAGAUUUUGAAAUUUCAAGACAUUUCACUCAAUAUUUUAGCUUUUUUUUUAACAUUUCUUUGGCCCUCUGAAGAUGUUGUUAUUCUCCAAGACUGUAUUUCAAAUCUAGGAUCAUCAUUUGGGAUCUCAACUUCAAAAAUUCCUAUAAGAUUACUUAUAAUUUAUAUUAUCAUCGGCUGAUUCCUCAAUAUUCAAGUUAACAUUGAAGCUAAUAAUCAAACGUUUGAAAAACUUAGUCCAGAAGUUGUCCUGUUCAUCCCUGACAUUCAGAUCCUCCUGUUAUAUUUUGGAUUUGUGUUGUUGCCGCAGUGUGACCCCAGCUGGCUGUAUCAGCUUUCAGCCUGUGCCUUAUUUUAGCCUCAGCACUAAUCACCGCUCGGCCUCUUAACGUGACGAACUACGGCCGAUCUCAAAGUGAAAAUGUCUUUGUCCUCCCUCCCCAUCCAGGAAUAGCUGAGUUGGAUUAGUCACAUCUGUGUUGUGUGGACGAAGAAUUGUGGUUAGAAACGAUUGGAUGACGGAUAUGUGAGACAAUUUGGUCAAUGUAUUCAUAUUUGUUGACAUGUUAUGGAGUUAUGGAGUUACAGCAGGAAGAGUUAGGGUGACUUUUGUAAGCAGGAAAAGUUUUGAGCGGAAAAGAAAGAAAUGCCAAGUCAUGCAUGAUUUCAGACAAAGUAUUCUGUAUGUAGAUUGACAGAAAAGUGUGAGUUAAAAUACAUUUGUUGUGUUUGUGUGUCUGCUCUCCACUGACCUUUAACCUCUUGCUUUUUGUAACAGCCAAAUUACAUUUUGAUGCAACAUUUACUGUGAUAGCAACGAUGAGUUUUUAGGGGAUGUUUUAAGAUUAUAACAUUUUGUAUCCAGAUGUUUUUACACACUCUGUAGUAGUCUGCUUUAACGGCAAACAAACGUACUAAUAACAAGACAGUUUUUUCUGAGCACGAAAUAAAAAAAAUGUUUGUAA